UGUGCUAUUUAUAAUUCACUGUCAAAUUUCAUCUUUACAAACAUAGGAGUCGAUAUUGCGUACGAAGCUAUACAAGAACUUGCAACUUUAAAUUCUAAUCUUAACAAACUGUAUGCUGAGGAAGAACCCAGGCAAGUUGCAAUACCUUCAAACCCCUUAGGAGCACUAGCUAGCCGAAUACCAUGCUCAUGUGAUAAAGGCGUUUGCAAAUGUUGCACUUCAAUGCUUUCUUUAGUGGGUCUAAACGGAUGCAUGGAAGUUGUCUACAAGCCAGAGGACUUUGCCUUCGAUCUCCGUAUGAAACUGAAUAAUCGUGUUUUAUUCGAGCGAAGCGUAUCGGGCAAAAAUCCACCACCAUUUUGCUUUCGACCUCCAAGAUUUGGUUUUGUGAGAGCUUGCAUAAAAUUUUAUGACGUUUACUUUUUCGGCCGUAAUAUGCACGUUUGUAUGGAUCUAUCUGGUUAUUUUCAGGGAUAUGAGCUUUUUGAAAGAUCCUACGACUGCCUUCAACUGGGAAUGAAAGGUGUCAAAAUAGUGAAACCAGAAGAAGGUUACCCACUGAAGCCAACUGAUGUUGAAAUAGAUCAAGGCGAUGAUGAUAUAGAGGACUAUGACGAAAACGUUGUUAGAAGUAUUUAAGUUAUAAAAAAUUUAUUAGGUACUUUAGUUUUAAAUUAUUUAUUUAUUAUGUAAUUUUGUUUUACUUUUAUUAAUAAACGUCAGUGCCUUUAAUCGUAUAUUCUAUAACUCAUCUCAAAUCGAUAUAGGUGUACAAAAACAUUGUUAAUUGGAACGAAGGGGGUUUAAAAAG